AAAAAAGAUGGCUGAGGUCAUUUUGGGGAAUUUUGCCAAUAAAAAUCAUGAAUAAUUUGGUCUAUGACGACCAGAACAAAGGCCACUUUCAUAAAUAAUCGACACCAGAAUAAACUUUACUUUAUCAAGUUGCGGUUUCAAAUAUGGAGGAUCAUCUCGACCAGGCCAGCUUUGAAGUUGAUGCUCCAAGGCAACUUCAGGAGUUUGCACCUCUCUCCUAUAUACUGAACCGAAUUCCAACCAAAGCACAGAAAGGCUUUUCAACAAUCAAGAUAGAAUUGAUAAGCAUUGAUGUUACCAAGGAGUACAUUGCCCUGGGGUCAAACAUUGGUCUGAUCUUCCUGUUUGACAGGAAGAAGGAGACUUUACAGAGGCUCAAUUGUGAUGCAAAGAAUGGUAGUAUAACAUCAGUGAAGAUGCUGAAUAGCCUGGACUACAUGGUGGCAGCUGGCACAUCCUCUGGUCUCGUCUGUGUAUUCCAGAUGCCUUCCAUUCUACCUGGUAGAGUCAAGCAGCUCCAGAAGUACACUGUUGAUAGCCUCCAUAAGUCCUCUGUCACAAGUAUUGCUUGGAGUAGUAAUGGGAUGAAGAUUUUCACUGGUGACCAAGAUGGAGUUGUGGUUCUUACUGAAAUGGACUACAGUAAGAAACAGAGCCAAUCAUCAGUCAUCAUGAAGGAAGGCUACGAGAUUGUUCAGCUGAGCUACGCACACAUGGCUUUGGUUGUUUCCACCAAAUUACGUAGUGUGAUAUACAAAGACAGUGUCGGCAUUCAGAUUGGACAGAAAGAGAGAAAGGCUCUUGGAAACUUUGGGGCAUCAUUCACUAAGUGUUUGUGUAAACCAGCUGAUGCCAUCAUCUACGCUGCGAGACCCGGGCUACGUUUAUGGAAGGCCAAAUUAGACGGCUCAGUGGAUUCGACCCUAAUGUUCAAAGACUCUAUCAAUCAAAAGCGGCGGGCAUUAGCAUUACUCUCGUCUACCCUGGUUGUUCGGAGCCCGUCAAAAGCAAUUGAAAGCCAGUUCGGGCCGAUUCUGAUCUAUGGUGAAGAUCAGGUGAUCACAUGGGACAUCAGUGGAAUAUACAUUCUUGAUCCAAAUACUGGAUCAGUUCUUGGAGCUCACGACAAUAUUGGGUUUAUUUUGGAUAUUGCUACGUAUGAGGAUGAGAUAUUUGUGCUGAGGACGGGAGCGAAUCGUUGUGUGAUACGGAUUGCACAGAAUCCGGAGAAGCCGCCAAUAUUUGCUCCAGAAUACAGACAUGGAUUGAAUGCAUCCCCAUCUCAACGUUCCUCAAGGAGCUCCUCCUUGUCUCCUGUUGCUAGGCAACUAGACCACCUAAGUCAUCGCGGAUCGCCACUGGCUUUUAUUCCAACGAAUAUCUUCGGGAAGAUCAGUCCAAGUGGACAACAUUCUCCCCUAAUGACACAGUCAGUGGCACAGCCUGUGGCUAAGGAAGGACAGCAGAGCCCAGGGGGUGGAACUAGGCCUACCAGCCAUUCGGUAUCGGGGGCCCUUGGAGGUGAUAGAAGGGCGAUGUCGUCAUCAGCAUUCCGUUCUAUAGACAGCACUGAAGAAACUCCAUGGACUCCCAGACGCGCAUCCGAGAGCAGUGCGACGACCCUGCCACCUAUUGUCAGAUUAGAGUCAGAUGAUUUGCUUCAGAUUGAGAUCACGGAGGCUCCAGUUGUCAUUGCUCCCAAUACAGAUGACGGUCGUGAAGAGUCAAAUGACAUUGUAGCUAAAGAUGAGAAGGACUUUGGAAAGGUUGACGAUAAGUUUGCAGCUGUCAUCAAACAAGAAUUUGAGGAAGAUAUUGUCUUUCAGGCAGCGGUCCGAAAACCAAAGAAGAAGAAAAAAGCCAAAGAGAAGGAAAGUAAAGGAAGUGCGGCUACCUCGCCAGCUGUUAACAGAAAGUUGGAGACCCAUGAGUUGUCACAGAUGACAGAAUCAACAGAUUCUAAGGAAGUUUUAGAACCAACAGAAAGCAGUUCUGACCAGUCAGCUAAAGUGGCUAAUGACGACAAAACAGACAUCCCAUCGAAGAUGGACAAGGAAAUGAAGGUGGAGGAGAAAAAUGAGGCAGAAGUUGACCAUCCUAUUCCGAGUCAUCCCGAUAUGUCCCUGCCGCUGAAGACAGAUGCUGAAAACUCGAGAUCAGAGGAAGUGGUUCCAGAUCUUCUGAGCCCUCUUGAGUGUAAGAUUGUUGGUGGUAAAGUAGUGAUGCAUAAGACAAACAGUAUUACUUCAGAAUGUGACCAGGAAAGACGUGACUCGUCACAUGGGCGUAAAGAGAGUACAGGUUCUAUGAACCGGACUGAGAGUGCAGGUAGUCCGGGGUCAUACGGGGAGCAAUCCUCACGCGGGAAACUAGUCCACGACGCGUCUGUGGACGACAUCUAUACGAAAUAUCGUCAUCGCUCCGACAGUCAAGGAUCAGUAACAGAGAUUGAUUAUGUCUCGGAAUACCAAAGUCAGAUGUCCGAGUUGUCUAUUGGAUCCACAUCAGCGACUGGUGUGUCACACCUUCUGUCGGACAAUUGGACUGAAUUCACUGCCCCAGGAAACAUCCAGAGUUUAGCUGUAUCAUCGAAACACAUUUGGAUUGUUGAUAAAAGUGAACGAGUGUUCUACAGCGGACAUAAUCAGCCGUCAUUAAAUUGGAAACGGGACGAGGACGUGUACGGUGUUCGUCAGAUCGCUGUGUCUCCCGAUGGCAAUAUUGUGUGGAAGUUGAAAAAGAAUGGUAGUGUGUUUGUGGGGACUAAGAUCACCCCGAAGACACCCAUGGGCCUAAAGUCAGAGGAGGUUCUGCGGGAUGUGGCGUACAUUGCAGUUGAGGACAAGUCAGCUUGGUAUAUCAAGAAUAACGGUGGGAUCAUGAUGCAGAAAGGCUUGUCAAAAGAGCGUCCGUUCUUCCAAUCCAUCAAAAUAGACUGCCAUGCCACAUUGAUUGAGAUUGUGUGCUGCUAUGGAGUGGUGUGGGGUCUGACAGACGAGGGCCGGGUGCUCGUACGCCUUGGCAUUGAUGCUUACUGCCCGGAGGGAACAAAUUGGGUCGACAUUGAGAGCCCUGUAUGUGACACAGUGCUAUGCUGUCUAGCAUUUGGUGAAGAAAACACUGCCUGGGCCUUGGACAUUGUUGGUCGGAUGUUCUUUAAGACAGGGGUGACUAUGGACAACCCGAUGGGAGAAGGGAACUGGUGGCAGGUUUCCCUCAGUGAGUAUAUCAUGCAGGAUGCGACUGCUCUAGACAUCUUCAAGGCCCUCAGGGAAAUCCUUGACCCACACUAUCUAGCCAGCGCCAUCUAUGGACAGAAGGGAGGACUCGUUGUCUCAGGCAUGGGCGGAGUUGGCAUUUGGAUUUGUCCCGACUUCAAGAAUGUGAUCCAUGUUUCCAGAGGUGUUCUCAUAGGUCAUAGCUGGUCGCUAGCCGCACCAGCAGGCUUAGCCCCAUCAAUGCGCUGGGCUCAUGUGUGUGCACAGCAAGUAGAUGGCCAGCAAGGCUUGGUCUGGGCCCAACAACCCAAUGGAGAGAUUGUAUACAUCUCAGUAGAGAACAAGUCGUGUACCACUGCAGCUAUUCCAGGACUUCAUAUCCCCUUGGCGUGUUGCAGCGUGGCCAAGGAUGCCGUUUGGGCGUUAUGUGAGGAUGGAAAGAUUUAUGUCAGGAGUGGCAUCGCUACCCAUUGCCCCUGGGGUUUCUCAUGGAUAGAACUUGACUUGGCACAACUGGCUGACAAACAAAUCGUGUAUGUAAGUGCUGGGAUGAUGAAUGUCUGGUCAGUGGAUUCUGAAGGGACCAUCUACCUUAGGAUUGGGGUGACUGCAGCCGAAAACCAAGUGAUGAACCCAGUCUGGGUGCCAGUGGAUGGCGCUCCUCAAAGUGGUGCACAGUUUGUCAAGGUGUUCACUGGGCCUGAAGAUCGUAAGGUAUGGGCCAUAGACAAUAAGAAGACAGUAUACGUGAGGAUAGGCAUCACUGACACUAUGCCCUUGGGUACAGACUGGAUAUCUGUUCCAGGUACCUCGGCUGAACACAUGACCAUCAGCAAGGACAUGGUUUGGGCAUUAUCACCAUCAGGGGAGGUCCUGGCUCGAUAUGGACUCACCGAUCAGGACUGUGUCGGGAAUUACUGGAAGAAGAUACCGGGAAUCUUCAGUCAAAUAUCAGCCUCACCACACAACGAUCUUUGGGCAAUCACUAAAGAGGGACAGCUUUACGAGAGGACGACCGGCAGUUUUAUACCACUGAGACACCAGCGAUUAGACAGUCGACUUCGUACCAUAUCAGCAGGGAGUGACGUGAGUGAGGGAGACUGGGAAUUGGUGUAAAUGAUACAGACAUUGUUUCACAUUCCAGAAACAUGUUAAGAGAUAUCAAAGAGGUGCUGUUGAAAUGAUUAUGAGGUACACAGAUUGUUGAGGCUUUGGACAGUCCUGAGUCAUCCCCUACUGCAUUUUCUCCUCUCAGUAUUAAUGUACAUAUGUGCAUCACCCUUCACGCAUGUGGUCUGGUGUUAUCAAAAUAGAUCCUAAAAACAUCUUGUCAAAUUUUGCCUGUAUUUCAACACAUUUUAGUGCAUGAUCAGUAUUGAAUAUUGGUAAACUUGAAAAUUUUAUGGGCAGAUGCAAUUACCACUUUGAUAUCAGGAGGAAAACUUGCCGAAGUUAUUACAGAACUAUACUACUUUCUUAGUGAGCAAUAACAUUUUCUCUCUUGAAGUUGUAGGGAGGGGUAGCCUUCAUUUCAACUAUAAGCAAUAGCAAUUCUAGUCAUUGAGGCUCUGCCAUUUUGUGCUUGCAAACGUUAUUCGAUUUCUUGUAUGCAUGUAUGUAUAAGAUUAUCAUUCUUAAUUGUAAUGUGCUAAUGUUGUUUCACUGUAUCUAUACAAAAUAUCAAGUUGCCUUGAAAAACACAGAUGUUUUUGUGAAGUUUUAAACCAUUGAACUAUUGGAAUGCCUUUGUGACUGUAAACAAAUUGAGAGAGUUUUAGAUGGGAAAUAAUGAAUCGGAAAGAACAUCUCGUACACGCGUGAACUUGCCUCGUAAAUAGUCUCCAGCAAUCCACAUUUUGUGGACUGAAUUCUACUCAGAGCAGCUUGAUUUUCUAGAUUGUAUAUUCAAAAUAUUGUACGAAUCAUACUUUUUCGUGCACAAGUAUUGAUGUUGUACAAAUUAUGCAAGUUAUUUAUCUUGUCAAUGUCAGUGUAAAUAUCAAUGUGUGUUUAACAGGGGUUUCUUGCCAAAUUUAAUAGAAACCAUAUCCCCCACUACAUAGGUAUACUGUUUAUCCCCAUUAUUUUCUCAUAUCUUACUUAUUUGUAGUCCAAUUAACUUGAAAAACAUUUUUUUAUUUUUCGUCUUUCUUUCCCCCAAAAGAUUUUAAUAAAAUGAAAAAUUGGGGUCAUUUAUGUUAUUUGGUGCUAUUCAUUUGUUAAAAUAAUUGUUAUUAUAUGUAAUAUUAUUAUCAUCAUGUGUCUUGUUCUAAUGAUGUUAUCAUUGCAGUUAAGAUAUAAGCUUAUGGAAUUAUAGUCGGUCCUGGUUUCGGUACUGUAUGUAUUUGGCGUCUUUCAAUAAAACUUUAGUAUUUAAUAAAGGAAAUCGCAGUACUAUUUCAAUACUGGCAGGCUUUCGAGAUACACCUCCAAAGGCUCCUUUUAAAACUGGCUGCACUGCAUUUGUUCCAAUGGUGUAGUCAUGUUCUCAAACACUUACAUGUAUCAAGAUGAGCAUUAUUCUGUAAAUAAAAUGUGA